UUAGAGCUGCCUGCAUCGGCUCCUACAGCACAGUAAAGUUACUGCUUCUCCUUGACAGUCGAGCAGGGGAGCAUUAUUCACCGAGGAAGAGGGAGGUAUCAUAAAACCAGCACUCAGCCACCCUUAGCCACUGGGACAGAGGGAAUUCAUGUAAUUCGAAGUGUCCCACUGUGCCAUUCGGAUGACUGCCUUGGAUUCGUCCCCUUUCAACCACCCUGCAACAGGAGGGUUUCAGGAGCUUGAAGGAGGAAAGAGCUCACCUGUCAAGCAGAAGAGCACAGAUGACCAUCUCCUCCGAGUUCCUAGCAGGUCCAUAACCAUUGCUUGUUAAAAGGAUUAUAUGCAAGGUCAAGGUGUCACAGCUAUACAAUCAUUACAGCUUCUUCGGCAACUUGGAAUCAUAAAGUUAGUCAUGGAUGAAAAGACUAGACAUUGAGAAGUGUCAGCCAGAGUGACAGACAGCAAUCUUUUUUCACCUGGGAAGAUUUUUCAAAGUCAAAUACGAAGAAGACAUAAGAAAGAGGGAAGAAUACUCUGCUGUUAUUUGUGCUGCAUCGUUCCGUGAAGAACUUUUUAAACAGUCUGGAAGUAGAUGGCCUUUCUCCGCUGCAAUUUUCCUUGCUUAGUCACAAAAACCAUGGCUCAAUGGGUAUUAUUUUAAAAACUAAACAGCAACUAAGAAAGGAGUCUUUAGUUCAGUCUUUAAUAUGGUUUCAACAUCAAACGUCCAGCAAGGUAUGGUAAACUUCAAAGAGACUGUUCUAAAGAAAACCAUUAUAAUUGCUUUGGAAUUAUUUAUGGGACAAGGAAUGCCUAUGUUUUUUCUUCAGAGCAAAUGCAUAAGAAGAAAUGUGGAUUUUCAAAUAUGGUCAUUAGUCUAAGGUUUUGCUCUCUCCUCUGCAUUUAUAAAGAAGCCAGACUAGUAUUUCCAAUUAGUUUCUAUCUACAAUGUGGAAAUAAAGCUUCUCCCAACACUACCAAAUAUUUGCUCUUGGCUCUUUCAGAGAAAGGGCAGAGAGGAUCACAAACACACUGGAUGAACAUUAACCAGUUUUGAUAAUGGGACUGACCUCUGAGAACAUCUCUGCCCCCGAGUGCUUCAAUUGCACCCAGACUGUGGAGCAAGUAAAUAUUUCCAAGGCCAUAUUAUUAGGAGUCAUCUUUGGAGGUCUGAUUGUUUUUGGGGUCCUGGGCAACAUUGUGGUUAUCCUUUCAGUAGCCUGUCACAAGCAUCUGCAGAGCGUAACCCAUUACUACAUUAUCAACUUGGCUGUGGCUGAUCUCCUCUUGACUUCUACUGUUCUCCCCUUUUCUGCUAUUUUUGACAUCCUGGACUACUGGGCUUUUGGGAGGAUCUUCUGCAACCUCUGGGCAGCUGUUGAUGUUCUGUGCUGCACAGCUUCCAUCAUGAGCCUCUGUGUCAUCUCUAUAGACCGAUAUAUUGGAGUGAGCUACCCACUGAGAUACCCAGCCAUAGUGACCGAAAAAAGAGGUCUCUUGGCUCUGCUGUGUGUGUGGGCAUUAUCACUUGUGAUAUCCAUCGGUCCUCUCUUUGGCUGGAGACAACCAGCUCCAGAAGAUGAAAAAAUCUGCCAGAUCAACACUGACCCAAGUUAUGUCUUGUUUUCUGCUCUUGGGUCCUUCUAUCUCCCCCUGGUCAUCAUCCUGGUGAUGUAUUGCCGGGUAUACGUGGUAGCCAGAAGGGAAAGCAAAGGAUUGUCAUGUGGCCUGAAGACUGAGAGGUCCCGUUCAGAAGAAGUGACCCUCCGUAUCCACCGCAAGAACAACACUGAAGCUGCAGGAGCUACCCCUACCACCAAGCACAAGUCCAAUUUUUCCGUAAGGCUUCUAAAGUUCUCUCGGGAGAAGAAAGCAGCCAAAAGCUUGGGAAUAGUUGUGGGAUGUUUCAUCCUGUGUUGGCUUCCUUUCUUUUUAAUCAUGCCAAUUGGUUCUUUCUUUCCUGACAGCAAGCCCUCCGACACCAUUUUUAAAAUUGCCUUUUGGCUUGGGUAUCUAAACAGCUGCAUCAACCCCAUCAUUUACCCUUGUUCAAGUCAAGAGUUUAAAAAAGCAUUCCAAAAUAUCCUAAAAGCCCAGUGUCUCCGCAGGAGGUAUUCGUCCAACAAAUAUUCCCUGAGCUUCACCCUCAAUCACCCAAGCAACCAUGUUCCUGAAACUCCCAAAGAUAUUGUCCGAAUACCAGUUGGCUCUGGAGAACACUUCUAUAAGAUUUCCAAAUCGGAUGGCGUGUGUGAAUGGAAACUUUUUUCAGCCAUGCAGAGCAUGUCAACCAAGAGCAAUGCUCUAAAAGAGAGGUCCAGCUGUUCUACGGCCAAAGUGAAGAGCAAAGGUUUCCUGAGAGAGUGCUGCUGUGCGAACACUUCAGGAGAAAACCCAAAGGACCAGCAAAUACCCACCAUUAAAAUACAUACUGUCUCCAUCAGUGACAAUGGAGAAGAUGUGUAAAGACCUUCCAUCAUUUUGAUGGGAGUUCUGCAGUUUUACAGUGCGGUUUUCAUGGUUUUCUGCGCGGGUGGGUUGAUCACAAAAAAGUCUGCAUUUUCAAUGAGUCACAACAGGAAGGCAAAUAAAGUUCAGAUCAGGUCAACCUCUGUAAAGAUGGAAACCAUGGGAAGACUUCCAUCCAUGCUGUCCCAUUGGAUUCUAUGGGAAGUAGAGCCGGGGUGGGGGUCCCUGUGGGGCUGGACACCUUCAAAUUAUUCAGAUUUGAUUUCUUAUUCUUUUGAAGGUUUUGUUGUAUCCUGUUAUUUCAAUUCAAGUUAUCUAAUCUUUCUUUUUGUAAUGAUCAGUGGCAUAAAAACAUUCUUGUAAUAUAUCCUACAAUAGAGAAACAUUAAUAUAUGUUCCAGCUUUCAUUGCAAGUGCUUUUCUUUAGUUGUCAGCUCUUUUUUUAUUAUUAUUGUGGAAUAACUCUGCAUUGUGAAGAUAAAUUUGACAAGGCUGCAGUGUAAGCUAAUAGAGAAAUUUGAGGGGGUGGGGGAUGUGACAUGAAGGUUCUUAAUUUGACCCUCACUUUUUUAUUAAUGGAAUGAUUGUGGUCCUGUGAAAUUGUGAGUACCGUAAAAGCUCAAUUGAUGCAAUGGGAGCUUAUAUCUAAGCCAUGACUCCAAUUUUUACUUUUUAAAGUUUGAAUGUAGCCGUCUUUCCCCAACAGGCUUAGCUAUUCUGCUGAGUUUCAAUUUAAUUUAUGCCUUCCCAUCAUGAAUGCUGAGAACUAUAAUGCAUUUUGAGUGUUCAAAAUUGUCUUUUUCUACCUUAGACUCAAUAGAGUAACUUUGGGAAAAGAGGAUUGCUAUUAAAUUUGUUAAUAUUUGUAGUAUAGCUAGGGCACAGAGCUUUCUUUCAAUUGACUUUAGCUACCAUAAAUUAAAUUGCUUUCCUUGAGAUUACCAAAGCAUAAAUCAAUCCUCUACAAAUUGGAUGAAGUCAUUCAUCUGUCAGUUACUCAUUUUCUAUGAGAUAUUUAUCUCAUGCGUAUACUAUUAAAAAAUGAAUGCAGUACUUUCUCGUUAAUCCAGAUUAUUUGAAUUUGGUUUAUAGUUCUAAACCAACCAGGAAAUGAUGGCAAUGCAAAAUUCUGAAUGUUUUCAAUUUAUGAAUGGACCCCAGUACAAUAAAACCUCAUGGUCUGCUAUUAGUUUCAGCAUUGGAAAAUUAUCCUCAUUCAUAAAGAGUUUUAUAGAAUAUUCCUCAACACUCAGAUUAAUGAGAAAUACUCAAUUUAUGUGGAAGUCUUGGCAGGCUGAACUAUUUAUAUUUCACACGCUGUCUCCUGGAAAAUCAAGUAAUGAGUGAACAGGUAAUGGGACCAUUAGAAACUAAAACAGAGUGGAUUGGAUCGAGGCAAAUUUAGUAACAAACUACAUUCAGAAACUACAUUAAGCCAUGCAGUGGUGUCUUGGCUUCAGCUUAAGGUGUUGCUUAAACCUAGCCAUAGUUUAGAGAAAUUAUGAGCCUACUCUAUAGUGACCAGACGUCCCGCUUUUGGUGGGACAGUCCCACUUUUUAAUAAUUUGUCCCGCGUCCCGCAGCAUUUCAAAAAAGUCCCGAUUUUUUUUUCACUCCCAUUCUGAAAAUGGGAGGCGGCAACGCAAGAGGAGGAGGAGGAGGCGGAGAAGGGGGAGUGGCGGAGAAGGGGGUGCGAGAUCGCCCGCUGCCUGGAAGAGCCCAGAGGAGAGCCGAGGAGAGCCGAGCCUGCCUGGAAGAGCCGAGAGGAGAGUCGAGCCUGCCUGGAAGAGCAGCAGCCACUCCUCCUCCUUCAGCCAGGUGGCGAGACUCAGCGCGCAUGCGCAGCCCACCCUCCUCCCUCCCCCCCGUCAAUGGUGUCCCGCUUUGGCAUCGCUGAAAUCUGAUCACUUUAGCCUAUUCACAUAAAUUCAUAAAAAGAGGGGAUUUAUUUUAACCAUUAUUAACUUGGGAGCCACAAGUUUUAAUGGGAACAAACCAAAAAUAACAUGGCAAUUCUUAUCAGCAGUCUAAAACAAUAAUAUAUAGAUCGGAAUAACAGAGUUGGAAAGGACUUUGGAGGUCUUCUAGUCCAACCCCCGACUCAAGCAGGAGACCCCCUACCAUUCCAGACAAGUGGCUGUCCAGUCUCUUGUUAAAAACUUCCAGUGAUGGAGCAUCCACAACUUCUAAAGGCAAGCAAUUCCACUACUUAAUUGUUCCUAUUGUUAGAAAGUUUCUAGGUUGCUUCUCUCCUUGAUUAGGCUAUUUCUGGAUUCUUAGAACUUUAGGACAGUAUAACAAGUGACACGGGAUUGGGAAAUGCAAUCUAAAUUCAUCUGAAUCCAGCCAAACUAUUUUUAAUGAAGCCAUUCACACUGCCAGGAUUAUUCAAGGAAAAAUAAAGCAUAGAUGAAUUAUUCCAUGUGUGUUAUCUGUGUACAUGCGAGACUGAGCCUGUUUGCCCUAUUAUUUGGGAUUGCUAAAUGAUUAUUAUUAUUAUUUUGGUGACAUCAAUUUAUUAUCGAUUAAUGUUAAUUCAAGAUCCAAGGAAGUCAAAGAAUGUUCUCAUUUCUCAGCAGUUUUCUGUUUCUACAGUGUCAAAGAUUACAUUGGACUGAAUUACCCAAAAUAGUCACAACAGUAAUAGGAAUUAGCCUGCUGUCCUUUCUGCUACAGCCUCAUGCUCCAGUUCUGCUCUAGGUUAUACACCAACUCUCUAGAGGAGUUGAAAUGGUACGAUUUUUAAAAAGGAGACAUCUUUUUCAUACAGAAGUAUCAAAUAGAAAGGAAGUUCAUGUCUUAAGUGUCUCUCAGGAAGUAGCUAUUGUAGAAAUUUCCCAGGACCAAACUGGAAUUGACUGAGUGGUAACGUUCACAUGGGAAGUUUAUCCAUGGAAUGUUACAUUCCUUUUUUAAAUUUAUUUAUUUUUUUCAUUUAAUUUUCCUGCACGGUUCUUCUGUUUUAUACUGAUGUCCUGCAAACCAAGCAGAAAAUACUUAGAAUGUGGAUUAAAAACUGCUUAAAAUCCUAGAUUUUUCCAUUUUGUUUUAUUUUAUUUUCCCACUCAGGUCAUUACAGAAUUACCUGGUGCUACUAUUUUCAUGCUGGAAAGAUUUAGUAUAGACUCUUCUUACACAUCUUUCUUGCUUGCCUGCAGUGAUAAUUUGUUAGCAGGUGGAGUGGAAAUGCUUCUAGACUUUAUAAGACAGAAAAGCAAAAUGUUGACUGUAGGUAUGGCUGUAGCCUAUUUACCUGACCUCUGUUUGCAAACAUUUAGUAAAAAAGAAGUCACUGCAGCUUUUACUCCGCUAAUCACUGCCGUUUAUAGGGACUGAUGCUCAUUUCCAUUUCAAGGACAUUGAGCCUGCGCUGCCCAAAGACAUUUCUGUGGUGAUGUGGCCAGUGUGAUGUCAUGGAGCAUUGUUACCUUCCCACCAAAGUGGUACCUAUUUAUGUACUUGCAUUUGCAUUCUUUGGAACAGCUUGGUUGGCAGGAGUUGAGGUGGACGAUAGGAACUCACCCCAUCAUGUGGCACUCAGGUCUCAAACCUAGGCUGCCAGCUGUCCAGCCGACAAGCCCAGCAUCUUAACAGAUAAUCUAAAAUGCUGAUUUCCGUCCAGAAUCUAAAUUGGGAAACAGAGUCUACCAUUCUUGUUUUUAAAAUGUCCUGUGACUGUGUAUGUAACAGUGCAUUGGAAAUAGAAAUGGCUCUCUACUCAAAAGGCUGCAAUACAGGCUAAACAAUUGUAUUAUUGUUUUUCUGGUUGGCAUUUUCAUGAUGGAAACUACUAUGUUGUGGGCACAGUAAAAAAAAAAUUGUGAGAAACUUCGGUGCGUGUCUAAGAACUAUUUAUUUUGGAGGAGUCAUGAUGUAAUGAUAGAGUACAUUUUUCCGUGGAGAAAUUCCUUGCUUUAAACCUCAUAUAUAAGAUUGGAAAGAAAACACGGACUGGUGGAGCUAAUGCUAUGCUAAGUGGGCCAUGGAUUUGGUGCAGUAUAUACUUAUUUCAUGCACCAUCAUCUGAAGAUGGAAUGUACAUUACUUUACUUAAUAGAUACCUUGUAAUAAUUCUUUACCAUUAGUUGUUCUGAUAGGGUUCAGUGGGAUCUGAAGAUCAAAUAACCAGAGAACAAUGAGAAGCUAUAUCUUGCUACCACAUCUAUGUUGAAAAAAGUCUAGAUAAUGAUGGUCUAAUUUGAUUUUUCAAUAUCUCUGUAUAGCUGUCUAGUGCAGGGGUCUCCAACUUUGUC